GCCACAAGACUAUUAGACGCAUCAUUCGGUGAUCGAAUGUCGAUUUCAUCAUACGAACAAAUGCCACUGAACAAUUCCAUUGAUAAUCCUAAAUCAUCCUAUCAUCACUAUGCGGUCACUCCACUCCUCAGAACUGUCGUCCAACCUCAGUCAAGUGAUCCUAAUUUACCACUGGACGAACGAGUCAAUCAGCUGAAAGGACAUCGCAAAGACACCACAAAGAUAUUAGAAUUUACGGAUGAAGCACAAAAUUUUGGUAACAAUUUGGUCACACAAGAGAGUGAUGCUCAGAGUGAUAUUCGUAUGAAAGAAAACCGUUUCGCUGAAGAUGCACGAUUACCGACUGCAUUUUGGGGAUACUUGUUAUAG